GACUGAAGUCUGUGGGAGUAGUUCAAGAUGUGUAGCUCCAUAGCACCCAGGCUGUGGUUUUUGACUGAUCGCCGUAUCCGGGAAGACUACCCCCAGCAGGAAAUUCUGAGGGCGCUCAAAGCCAAAUGUUGCGAAGAGGACCUGGACUUUCGGGCCUUGGUGAUGGAUGAAGUGGUCCUGACCAUCGAGCAAGGAAACCUGGGUCUUCGAGUCAAUGGGGAACUCAUCACUGCGUACCCACAGGUAGUUGUGGUUCGUGUGCCAACACCAUGGGUCCAGAGUGACAGUGACAUAACGGUUCUUCGCCACCUAGAGAAGAUGGGCUGCCGGCUGAUGAACCGUCCCCAGGCCAUACUCAAUUGUGUCAACAAGUUCUGGACUUUUCAAGAACUGGCUGGCCACGGCGUGCCUCUUCCUGAUACUUUCUCCUAUGGUGGUCAUGAACAUUUUGCCAAAAUGAUUGAUGAAGCAGAAGUUUUGGAGUUCCCUAUGGUUGUGAAGAACACGCGUGGUCAUAGAGGCAAAGCUGUGUUUCUCGCGAGAGACAAGCACCACUUGGCAGACCUGAGCCAUCUCAUCCGCCACGAGGCCCCUUACCUGUUCCAGAAGUACAUCCAGGAGUCCCACGGCAAAGAUGUCCGUGUCAUCGUAGUGGGAGGCCGUGUAGUGGGCACUAUGCUGCGCUGCUCAACGGACGGCAGAAUGCAAAGCAAUUGCUCGCUCGGUGGCAUCGGAAUGAUGUGCUCGUUGAGCGAACAAGGCAAGCAGCUGGCCGUCCAGGUGUCUAACAUCCUGGGGAUGGAUGUGUGCGGCAUCGACCUCCUCAUGAAGGACGACGGCUCGUUUUACGUCUGCGAGGCCAACGCAAAUGUAGGUUUCAUUGCCUUUGACAAGGCUUGUAAUCUAGACGUAGCUGGUAUCAUAGCGGACUACGCCGCUUCCCUCCUUCCCCCCGGCCGCUUGACGCGGCGCAUGUCCUUGCUCUCCGUGGUGUCCACGGCGAGCGAGACUAGCGAGCCGGAGCUGGGCCCUCCAGCUAGCGCCGCUGUCGAUAACAUGAGCGCCAGCUCCAGCUCGGUCGACAGCGACCCUGAAACCACGGAGAGGGAGCUGAUGCCGAAGCUCCCGGAGGGUCUGUUCAACAUGAACCAGCUAAUAGCCAAUGAGAUUAAGCUCCUGGUGGAGUGAUGCCACAGGUGUGUGCGUGUGUGUAUAUAUAUAUAUGACCAACUUUCUUGUACAUUUCUUUU